GAUACUCAGAUUCCUCUUCAUCAUAAUUCCACCAAACUUUCAAAAAGGCACGUGCUUUCUUCUUCAUAGUAUAGUCUAUUUUUUUUUAUAUGAUUCUGAAUGGAUAUUUAUGCUUUUGGCUUAACUUUUUUUAAAAAUACUUUUUGCCUUUUGUGCUCCAAGCUUCUUUUUAUAUAGUAAGUAGAAUAGAGUAGGUUUUUAUUUUAAGGGGUUAGUUCAAAAGUGGGAUUUUCUUGAUUUUUGGUGUCAACCAAGAUGGACAUCACUCUAAGGCUAAUCAAUGUGGCUUUUUUCUUGAUUUUACUCAUAUGUUUCUUGGUAGAUUUUUUCAAGAAAAAUGGAGAAGAGGAAGAAGAGGGUUUUGUAGAAAAAAGGGAGAAGAGGAGAAAAUCCACAUUCUUCAUCAAGAUUACAGUUUUAUUGAAUUUCUCAAUAGCUAUUUCUUACUUGGGAUUUUGUGUACAUGAAUUCUGGAAGUUGAGAGCUUUUGUGUUUGAAGAGUCUGUUUUUUCUGUCAUGACAUGGAGUGUAGCAACUGUAAUUGCAGCCUAUUCAUUAAACAGAGAGAAAAGGUGGCCAUUAUUACUCAUCAUAUGGUGGUUCUUUUCUAGUAUUUUUGAGAUAAUUUUAGUCUCAUUUCAUCUUCUCAAACAUUAUAAUAUAUAUACAAACGCUCCACAUUUUCUUCCCAAGGCAAAUAUAAUUGAUUUUGCUUCCCUACCAUUGUCAAUUCUUCUAUGUUUCAAUGCCUUGCCAGUACCAGCCAACAAAUACAGUGAAACUGAACAGCCAUUCCUUCAAAAAGAUGAGGUAAAUAUACAUGAUGAUGCAUUUUCUAGUGCUGGUAUUUGGAGCCUAAUCACAUUCAGGUGGCUUAAUCCACUAUUCAAGAAAGGUCAUGAGGAAAAGCUUAGAGUAGAGCACAUACCUUCAAUUCCUCACACUGAGACUUCUAAUGAAGCUGCUUCUUUGUUGGAAGACGCGCUUUGCGAAAAGAAAGCUUCUUCUUUCUCCCUCCCUGAUGCCAUACUACGUAUGAUUUGGAGACCACUUGCCUGUAAUGCAGUUUUUGCAGGAGUCAACACAAUUGCUUCCUAUAUUGGUCCUUUGCUGAUAACAAGCUUUGUGAAUUUUUUGUCUGAAAAGAAAGAUGAGUCCAAUUGGCAAGACGGAAUGAUCUUAGCCUUCAUCUUCUUCUUUGCCAAAACAGUAGAGUCACUGUCCCAAAGGCAAUGGUACUUUGGAGCUAACCGGAUUGGUGUUCGAGUCAGAGCCGCUCUGAUGGCAUUGAUAUAUAAAAGAACUUUGUCCAUAAAGUAUGGCGGAACAAAAGACGGGAAGAUCAUAAACUUCAUCAAUGUUGAUGUUGAGAGAAUUGGAGACUUCUGCUGGUAUAUUCAUGGAGUUUGGUUGCUGCCUGUUCAGGUUACAUUUGCCCUGCUUAUCUUAUACAGGAAUUUGGGUGCUGCUCCCUCUAUUGCUGCUCUUCUUUCGACCAUAUUUGUGAUGGUUAGCAACACACCACUUGCCAAUAUGCAAGAGAAGCUCCACUCAAAGAUAAUGGAAGCGAAGGACGUGAGAAUUAAAGCCACUUCAGAGACCUUAAAAAGCAUGAGAGUCUUGAAACUGCACUCAUGGGAGUCCACUUUCUUGAAGAAGCUGCUUCAACUUAGAGAAAAUGAGAGAGGUUGGCUUAAGAGAUACCUUUAUACAUGUUCUGCUGUGGCUUUCCUCUUUUGGGCCUCACCAACGCUCGUCUCAGUUGUAACCUUUGGUGUUUGUAUCAUCCUAAAAACACCAUUAACAUCAGGAGCAGUUCUCUCAGCACUAGCAACUUUCAGGAUUCUACAAGAACCAAUUUACAACUUGCCCGAGCUCAUUUCCAUGGUUGCCCAGACAAAAGUUUCAGUUGAUAGGAUUCAAGACUUCAUGAGAGAGGAAGAUCAAAAGAAGUUAACAAGCUAUAAUACUCCUAACACUUCUGAAGUGGCGAUCGAACUUGAACCAGGAGAGUAUGCUUGGGGCACAAAUGAGUCCAAGAAAUCAACAAUUAAGAUAACUGAGAAAAUCAGGAUAAUGAAAGGGUGGAAAGUAGCAAUAUGUGGUUCAGUGGGCUCGGGAAAGUCAAGCUUACUCUGUAGUAUUAUGGGAGAGAUUCCUAGAAUUUCUGGAUCAAGUAUUAAGAUUAAUGGUUCGAAGGCAUUUGUACCACAGAGUGCUUGGAUUCAGACGGGCACUGUUAGAGACAAUGUUCUGUUUGGCAACGAAAUGAAUAAAGCACGUUAUGAUGAUGUCGUGGAACGAUGUGCUUUGAAACGUGACAUUGAGAUAUGGGCUGACGGAGAUCUAAAUUUGGUAGGAGAAAGAGGAAUGAACCUAAGUGGUGGACAAAAGCAAAGAAUUCAGUUGGCCAGAGCUAUUUAUAGUGAUUCAGACAUCUAUCUGCUAGAUGACCCUUUCAGUGCAGUUGAUGCACAAACCGGAGCUCAUAUGUUCAAGAAAUGCUUAAUCCAACAUCUACAAGAAAAAACAGUUGUUUAUGCCACUCACCAGUUGGAAUUUUUAGAUACUUCUGACCUCAUCCUGGUAAUGAAGGACGGAAGAAUUGUUCAAUCAGGAAAGUAUAACAAGUUGAUUGCAGAUCCAGAUGGUGAGCUCCUAAGGCAUAUGGUGGCUCACAGUAAAUCAUUAGAUCAAGUGAACCCUUCCCAAAAGUGCAGCUGUGUAACCAAGGGUAAGCAUCAGAAUAACCAAAUUGAAGUCGAAGAGUGCUUUGAAGAUCUUACCUGUGACAACAGGAUCUUAGGAAGAACUCAGCAGGAAGAUGCAGUAUCAGGUCGAGUUAAAUGGAAAGUCUACUCGACCUUUGUGACCUCGGCGUAUAAAGGGGCCCUUGUACUUCCGGUCCUUCUAUGUCAAGUUUUCUUCCAGGGACUGCAGAUGGCAAGCAACUACUGGAUUGCAUGGGGAACAGAAGAAGAAGGAAGGGUUACUAGCGAGAGAUUAAUUGGAAUUUUCGUGCUGAUGUCAGGGGGAAGCUCUCUUUUCAUCUUAGGAAGAGCAGUUAUGCUUUCAACUAUCGCAAUUGAGACUGCUCAGAAGCUCUACAUUGGAAUGAUCAAAUCACUCUUCCGAGCGCCGUUGUCAUUCUUUGACUCCACCCCUUCCAGCAGAAUUCUCAAUAGGUCUUCUACAGACCAAAGCAUCGUGGACACAGAUAUUCCAUAUAGAUUGGCUGGACUAGCAUUUGCACUUAUUCAAUUAUUGAGCAUUGUUGUCCUUAUGUCCAAUGUUGCCUGGCAGAUCUUUUUUCUCUUCCUUCUGAUACUUGCCCUCUCCAUGUGGUAUCAGGCAUAUUACAUUACCACUGCUAGAGAACUGGCAAGGAUGAUUGGCAUUCAGAAAGCUCCAAUCCUGCAUCAUUUCUCUGAAUCUCUCAACGGUGUAGCAACAAUUCGUUGUUUUAAUCAGGAAGACCGAUUCUUGAAUAAGAGUUUAAGUCUCAUCGAUGACUAUUCUCGUGUUGUCUUUCACAACUCUGCUACAAUGGAAUGGCUCUGUGUUCGAAUUAACUUUCUCUUCAAUCUCAUAUUCUUCUUUCUUCUCAUCAUCCUGGCACACCUUCCACGAGAGGCUAUAGAUCCCAGUUUAGCAGGACUAGCAGCUACCUAUGGGUUAAAUCUUAAUGUUCUCCAAGCUUGGGUUAUAUGGAACCUUUGCAAUGUCGAGAACAAAAUGAUAUCAGUUGAGAGAAUACUUCAGUUCAGCGACGUUCCUAGUGAAGCUCCACUGAUAAUUGAAAAGUCCAGGCCAAAACCUGAUUGGCCUCUAAAAGGAAGAAUUGAAAUUAAAGAUCUUCAUGUACAAUACAGCCCUGAUCUCCCAAGAGUUCUAAAAGGUAUAACCUGCACUUUUCCAGAGGGAAAGAAAAUUGGUGUAGUUGGAAGAACAGGUAGUGGAAAGUCUACUUUGAUCCAAGCUCUCUUCAGGGUUGUGGAACCAUCUGAGGGAUGCAUUCUUAUCGAUGGAAUAGACAUUUCCAAAAUCGGUUUGCAAGACCUGAGGUCUAAGUUGAGUAUAAUACCACAAGAUCCAAUUUUGUUCCAAGGAACAAUUAGGACUAAUCUUGAUCCAUUACAACAACAUACAGAUCAGGAUAUCUGGGAGGUCUUGCAAAAAUGUCAUUUAGCUGAUAUUGUAAAGCAGGAUCUAAGGCUUCUUGAUGCACCAGUUGCAGAAGACGGAGAAAACUUGAGCGUGGGUCAAAGGCAGAUUGUGUGCCUAGCUAGGGUAUUGCUACAGAAAAGGAGAAUAUUGGUACUUGAUGAAGCUACUGCUUCAGUGGAUACAGAGACGGACAAUGUCAUUCAGAAAACUAUAAGAGAAGAAACAAAUGGAUGUACAGUUAUAACAGUGGCACAUCGGAUACCCACAGUUAUCGAUAAUGAUCUUGUUUUAGUUCUUGGUGAAGGAAACAUUCUCGAGUUUGAUACUCCUAACCAGUUAUUGAAGAACAGUUCUUCAGCAUUUUCAAAUCUGGUGGCAGAAUUCUUGCGGAGAUCAUCCAAGGGGUUAACCUAAAAGCAUAGCACUAGGCACAUUUGAUAGUACAUCUAGUUUAGAUCAUCUAUAGGAAGGAAUGACCAAUCUAAUCUGCCAAUGUUAAUGUGGCAUUGUAUAGUACAGAAUCAUAAACUGACAUCAGGAAAUACAGCAAAGUUGAGCAGCUAUAACUGGAGUAAAUGCAGCAAGUUGAGCAGCCACUUCAAAAGUUAUAUUUCUUAUAACUGCCAACCAAAGAUGACAUGAACCCUGCAGGAUAUGUAAAGUGUUUAUUCUUAAUCCCUAACUCAUAGUUCAUAUACUUAAAGGAGCUAUUUUUAUGUUGAAA